UCAAGAUUUGGGGUAGUGUAGAUCUUCUCUUCUCUUUUCAGUUAAUUUAAAUUAACUCAAACCUUUCAGUUUCUUUAAUUAAAUUAACUGAAACCUUUUUCUAUUAAUUAAACUAACUUAAACCCUUUUCUGUUAAUUAAACUAAUUAAAUGAAACCUUUUGCUGUUUAGUGGGGUAAUUUAGUGUAUAUUGCUCUUCUCCUCUCAUCUCUUCUCUUCUCUUCUCUUCAGUACUUGGCAGUAGGAGUAGUUCUUGGAGUAGGAGUAUUACCCAGUGACAAUUCCAGUAGGAGAAGUUCUUGGAUCUCUUCUCUUCUCCUUUCUUUUCUUGAAUUGGAGUACUCCUGGACAUUAGUACUGUCUUGUUUAUUAAUAAAGCAUUGGAGUACUCCAGGACAUUAGUACUCCAUGGAGUACUUACUCCAAUAGCUUAAUCCAGUUACUUACUCUCUUCUUAUCUCUCCUCUCUUCUCUUCUCUUAUCUGGAAAUUAACUGUAAAUUAAAACCUUUUCUGUUAAUUAAAUCUAAAAUAAACCUUUUUAGUUAAUCAGACUUAAAUUAAAGAUUUUUAGUUAAUUAAAUCUAAAUUAAACCUUUUCUGCUAAUUAAAUCUAAAUUAAUCCUCUCCUCUUCUAUUCCACUCCUUUCCUCUCCUAGACCUUUCCUCCUAAGAAAAUAAGAGAAUUCGCUCCACACAAGCCGAUGCAAACAUAUGGAGUAAAGAUGAUCAUACAAAUGGAGUAAAAAAAUCCACUCCGCACAAGCCUUUGCAAACAUACUCAAAUAUGGAUUAUAAUCAUACUCCACACAAAUAAUCACAAGGAUGCAACAAGCAUACUCCACAAGCCUCAUCUCAGGUCUGUUGACAACAAGCAUCUCAAGUCUCUUGGCAACAAGCAUCUCAAGUCUCUUGACAACAAGCAUCAUCAGGUCUCUUGGCAACAGCAUCUCAGGUCUCUUGACAACAAACAUCUCAAGUCUCUUGGCAACAAGCAUCUCAAGUCUCUUGACAACAAGCAUCUCAAGUCUCUUGACAACAAGCAUCCUCAGGUCUUUGGAAACAGCAUCUCAGGUCUCUUGACAACAAGCAUCCUUAGGUCUCUUGGCAACAAGCAUAUCAAGUCUCUUGACAACAAGCAUCUCAAGUCUCUUGACAACAAGCAUCCUCAGGUCUCUUGGCAACAACAUCUCAGGUCUCUUGACAACAAGCAUCUCAGGCCUCUUCCAUUACUAGACCCUCUCCAUUAGCCCUAAGUUGUGUAGGGCAUUUGCGUAAACCUCUUGAGGGCACGACAAUCUUGGAGGUAGCUGCCCACGACCCUCAAGCCUUUCCUUGGAGUUAACUUGGAGUAGUUCACUACUGUUUCAUGAUCUAACUUGGAGUAUAACACUUGCAGAGUACCAAAUGAAUUUGUUAAUACCAAACUUUGUUGUUAAACAUUGUUUAUACCAAAUGCAUUUUUUAAUUGCUCAACACUUGCUUGCUACUCCAUUAUAGGGGUACAAAUGAACUAUUGAUUGUUCAUGGCAGGAGUACUGGAGCUCACCAACUACAUCUUGACCGGGAUCGAUGCCCUCUUCCUCUUCCAUGUUCAUAUCAUCUUGGAGUACUGCCUAUUCUGAAGUUGGUGCAAUGGAGCCUGGAGCUGCACCUUCUGGACCUGGAGCCUGUUCAGGACCUGAAGCCGCUGGCGAUCUUCAGUACCUGGAGGUGGAGCUGGCGAGGCCCUGGGAGGGUGAUGGCAAUCUGCAGCAGGACGCUGGUCUCGGGAUGACGAGGUGGGGAUUUGCUGGCCCAGGACGAGGAGGGGGAUCUGCUGGCCCAAGAAGACGGGGAGGAUGGGAGGGGAUCUGCAGGGUGAGAUGGGAGGUGAUGGAGGUGGAGGAUCCAGAGGUGGGGGCGAUGGAGGUGGAGGAUCCAGAGGUGGGGGCGAUGGAGGUGGAGGAUCCAGAGGUGGGGGCGAUGGAGUUGGAGGAUCCAGAGGUGGGGGGCGAUGGAGGCGGGCGGAUCUGGAAGACGACCUGGGUGAAGAUCGAGGAGAGAAUUCAAAACUGAAGGGUAACCUGGUCAUUUUGCUGCUUUUUCACCUGGUCGGGAAAAAUCCCCAGCGUCAUGUAUUUCGGAACGGAGGGAGUAGUAUAUAAAUAUAUAGAUGUGACACUCUCAUUUUAGCCCAUUGACACGUACCCAUAAUGAAUUGAUAUUACAUCUAAA